GGGGCAGAGGCGAAGGAGCCGGCGUUCCUCUGCGGAGGUCGCGGGCGGGCGGACGGCAGGCAGGGACGGAAGGAAGGAGCGUGCGAGGGAGUUGGGCGGUGAGGGAACAGCGGAGCCGGCGCCGCCGAGGAGGGGCGAGACCGGCCGCCCCCCCUACCCGUCCCCUCCCUAUCCCGUGCCUCCCCUUCAGGCGCACGCUCAGCCCGGAGCGGCGGCUCUCGGCGAUGUGGUGAGAGGGAGGCGCCCCGCGCUCGCCAGCCGCGGGCCGUGAGGGUAGCGCGGGCUGCCGGGGAGCCUCCCGCCGCCGUCGCGCCAGGACUUCCAGUGAAUGGAGGAAGACACUUUUUCCUAGAGAUUUAACUUAUGUAAAGAUAUCAAGGGAUUUUUUUGGGAUACACACAGUGAAAAGGUAUCACCAUGUUUCGAAACAGCCUCAAGAUGCUUCUCACAGGAGGGAAGUCAAACCGCAAAAACAGGUCCAGUGAUGGAGGGAACGAGGAGCCACCAGACCGAAGACAGGCAAGUGUAGACUCCCAUCAGAGCCGAUCUGGGCAAGGCACCUCCACAGAGAACAACUGUGCUUUUGAACCAGACUACGCCAUUCCACCACUCCCAGUGACCGAAGGUAUGCAGCACAUUCGGAUUAUGGAGGGCAUGUCCCGCUCCCUUCCAUCCUCCCCCUUACUCACACAUCAGUCUAUCAGUGUUCGGCUCCAACCUGUGAAGAAGUUAACUGCCCCUUUGAGGAAAGCAAAGUUUGUUGAGAGCCCUCGUAUCCCAGAGUCUGAGCUUGGCUCACCAACACUUUCUUCAGCACAGAAACUGGACGUUGAUGCAUACUGCCCUGGUGAUACUGAUCAGGAGUUGGGACCCCCUCCAUCUGUAGAUGAGGCAGCAAAUACACUCAUGACUCGCCUGGGCUUCCUCCUGGGAGAGAAAGUCAUGGAGGUACAGCCAGGACCCCAGUACAGCAUGGAGGUGCAGGACGAGAACCAGAGCUCGGCCGUGACGCAGCGCAUCAGUCCCUGCUCCACCCUGACCAGCAGCACGGCCUCGCCGCCCGCCAGCAGCCCCUGCUCCACCCUCCCUCCUGUCAGCACCAGUGUCACCACCAAGGACUGCACCUAUGGAGCUGUCACCAGCCCCACCUCCACGCUGGAGAGCAGGGACAGUGGCAUCAUAGCUACCUUAACAAGCUACUCUGAAAAUGUGGAACGCACUAAGUAUGGAGGGGAGAGCAGUAAAGAACAUGGAUCUGGAGGAAACCUGAAACCUUGGCAGUCUCAGAAAUCCAGCAUGGACUCCUGCUUGUACCGUGUGGAUGAGAACAUGACAGCCUCUACCUACAGCCUCAACAAAAUCCCAGAGAGGAACCUGGAGACAGUCUUGUCUCAGUCAGUGCAGUCGAUUCCUCUUUACCUUAUGCCACGGCCAAAUUCAGUAGCAGCCACCAGCUCAGCCCACUUAGAAGAUCUCGCUUACCUGGACGAGCAGCAAUACACUCCCUUGCGGACCUCGCUCCGAAUGCCACGGCAGAGCAUGGCUGGUGCCCGCACACAGCAGGACCUGCGAGUCCGCUUUGCACCUUACAGACCUCCCGACAUCUCUCUGAAGCCACUGCUCUUCGAGGUGCCCAGCAUCACCACCGAGUCUGUCUUUGUUGGUCGAGACUGGGUGUUCCAUGAGAUAGAUGCUCAGCUGCAGAGCUCCAACACCAGCAUCAACCGAGGCGUGGUGAUCGUUGGCAACAUCGGCUUCGGCAAAACUGCCAUCAUCUCCAGGCUGGUUGCACUCAGCUGCCACGGUACACGGAUGAGGCAGAUUGCUUCUGAUAGCCCACACGCCUCACCCAAACAUGUGGAUGCAAACCGAGAGCUGCCCUUAACCCAGCCACCCUCUGCUCACUCGUCAAUCACCAGCGGGAGCUGCCCAGGGACGCCCGAGAUGCGCCGGCGCCAGGAGGAGGCCAUGAGGAGACUGGCAUCCCAGGUUGUUGCUUACCAUUACUGCCAAGCUGACAAUGCCUACACCUGCCUGGUGCCAGAGUUUGUGCACAACGUGGCUGCCCUGCUCUGCCGCUCGCCCCAGUUUGUUGCCUACAGGGAGCAGCUCCUCCGGGAACCUCAUCUCCAGAGCAUGCUCAGCCUGAGGUCCUGUGUGCAAGAUCCCAUGGCCUCCUUCCGAAGGGGAAUCCUGGAGCCCUUGGAAAACCUACACAAAGAGAGGAAGAUCCCUGAUGAAGAUUUCAUCAUUUUAAUUGAUGGCUUAAACGAGGCUGAAUUUCACAAGCCAGAUUAUGGAGACACCAUCGUAUCAUUCCUGAGCAAAAUGAUUGGCAAGUUCCCUUCUUGGCUGAAGCUGGUAGUGACAGUCAGGACAAGCCUACAGGAAAUAAUUAAGCUGUUGCCCUUCCACAGAAUAUUUUUGGAUAGAUUGGAAGAGAAUGAAGCCAUAGACCAGGACCUGCAGGCUUACAUCCUUCAUCGGAUACACAGCAGCUUGGAGAUCCAGAACAACAUCUCCCUGAAUGGCAAAAUGGACAACACCACGUUUGGCAAACUCAGUUCUCACCUCAAGACUUUGAGCCAAGGAUCCUACCUGUACCUAAAACUCACUUUUGAUCUCAUAGAGAAAGGAUACUUAGUACUAAAAAGCUCCAGCUACAAAGUAGUCCCAGUGUCUCUGUCAGAAGUUUACCUGCUGCAGUGCAAUAUGAAGUUUCCAACGCAGUCUUCCUUUGAUCGGGUUAUGCCUCUCUUGAAUGUGGCAGUGGCAUCUCUGCACCCUUUAACAGAUGAACAUAUUUUUCAGGCCAUUAAUGCAGGUAACAUUGAGGGCACUUUGGAGUGGGAUGACUUUCAGCAGAGGAUGGAGAACCUGUCUAUGUUUCUUAUCAAACGUAGAGACAUGACGCGAAUGUUUGUUCAUCCCUCUUUCCGAGAAUGGCUUAUUUGGAGAGAAGAAGGGGAAAAGACCAAGUUUCUUUGUGAUCCUAGGAGUGGCCACACAUUACUUGCCUUCUGGUUUUCCCGUCAAGAAGGAAAACUAAAUCGACAGCAAACUAUUGAACUGGGACAUCACAUCCUCAAAGCACAUAUUUUUAAGGGGCUGAGUAAAAAAGUUGGAGUAUCUUCUUCCAUCCUACAAGGGCUUUGGAUCUCCUACAGUACUGAAGGACUUUCGAUGGCUUUGGCAUCUCUGAGGAAUCUCUACACCCCAAAUAUAAAGGUCAGUCGGUUGCUGAUUUUAGGAGGUGCAAACGUGAAUUACCGGACAGAAGUGCUGAACAAUGCUCCCAUUCUGUGUGUCCAGUCUCACCUGGGUUACACAGAGAUGGUGGCUUUGCUCUUGGAGUUUGGGGCCAACGUAGAUGCUGCUUCAGAGAGCGGCCUCACCCCCCUGGGCUACGCAGCCGCUGCUGGAUUUCUAAGCAUCGUGGUGCUGCUCUGCAAGAAAAGGGCCAAGGUGGAUCAUUUGGAUAAAAAUGGUCAGUGUGUCUUGGUUCAUGCUGCUCUCAGAGGACACUUGGAAGUGGUGAAGUUCUUGAUCCAAUGUGACUGGACCAUGGCUGGGCAGCAGCAGGGAGUGUUUAAGAAGAGCCACGCCAUCCAGCAGGCACUAAUUGCUGCAGCCAGCAUGGGUUACACUGAGAUUGUCUCCUACCUGCUGGAUCUUCCAGAAAAAGAUGAAGAGGAGGUGGAGAGAGCACAAAUCAACAGCUUUGACAGCCUUUGGGGAGAGACAGCUCUAACGGCGGCGGCCGGGCGGGGGAAGCUGGAGGUGUGUCGGCUGCUGCUGGAGCAGGGGGCAGCCGUGGCCCAGCCCAACCGCCGUGGGGUCAUUCCACUCUUCAGCGCCGUCAGGCAGGGCCACUGGCAGAUUGUGGAUCUCUUGCUCACGCACGGCGCCGACGUGAACAUGGCCGACAAGCAGGGCCGGACGCCACUGAUGAUGGCUGCGUCCGAGGGACACCUGGGCACUGUGGAGUUUCUGCUUGCACAAGGUGCUUCCAUUUCUCUGAUGGACAAAGAGGGUUUGACAGCCCUCAGCUGGGCUUGUCUGAAGGGCCAUCUCUCCGUGGUGCAUUCCUUGGUGGAGAAUGGAGCUGCCACUGACCACGCCGAUAAGAAUGGACGCACCCCGCUGGACCUGGCGGCUUUCUACGGCGAUGCUGAGGUGGUUCAGUUUCUGGUGGACCAUGGAGCCAUGAUUGAACACGUGGACUACAGCGGGAUGCGUCCCCUUGACAGGGCCGUGGGGUGCCGCAACACCUCAGUGGUUGUCACCCUCUUGAAGAAAGGAGCAAAGAUAGGUUGUCAGACGUUACCGAGUCGCCCAGGAGGUCCAGCAACAUGGGCGAUGGCAACCUCCAAACCAGACAUCAUGAUCAUCCUGUUGAGCAAGCUGAUGGAGGAAGGAGACAUGUUUUAUAAGAAAGGUAAAGUGAAAGAAGCUGCCCAACGUUACCAGUAUGCUCUGAAAAAAUUCCCCAGGGAAGGCUUUGGAGAAGACCUGAAAACCUUCCGUGAGCUGAAGGUUUCCCUCCUGCUCAACCUCUCCCGCUGCCGGAGGAAAAUGAACGACUUUGGAAUGGCUGAGGAGUUUGCUACUAAAGCACUGGAGCUGAAACCGAAGUCUUACGAAGCUUACUAUGCAAGAGCAAGGGCCAAACGCAGCAGCAGGCAGUUUUCAGCAGCCCUGGAGGACCUGAACGAGGCCAUCAAGCUGUGUCCCAACAACAGGGAGAUCCAGCGGCUGCUGGUGCGGGUGGAAGAGGAAUGCAGGCAGGUCCAGCAGCAGCAGCAGCCUCCACCACCACCACUUCCCCCCAAGCCCGAGCCUGAAGCUCAGCACGAAGAGCUCUACCCUGUGCAAGAUCUCUUUGAGGAGGAAUACCUGGAGCAGGAUGUAGAGAACGUUUCCAUUGGCUUGCAGACAGAAGCCAGGUCAAACCAAGGGUUGCCCAUCAUCCAGAGCCCGCCUCAGUCCCCUGCUCACAGGGACUCUGCCUAUAUUUCUGGCUCACCUCUUGGUUCUCAUCAGGUCUUUGAUUUCAGGUCCAGCAGCUCUGUGGGUUCACCCACCAGGCAAGGUUAUCAAUCCACCUCUCCUGCUUUAUCUCCCACUCACCAAAACUCACAUUACAGACCCAGUCCUCCUCACACAUCCCCAGCUCACCAGGGCUCCUCGUACCGCUUCAGCCCACCUCCAGUCAGUAGCCAAGGGAUGGAAUAUCAAAGCCCACCACCUUCUCCUCUUCGUAGGGGCCCCCAGUACCGUGCCAGCCCCCCAGCAGAGAGCAUGAGCGUGUACCGGUCACAGUCCGGUUCCCCGGUCCGUUACCAGCAGGAACCCAAUGCUGUCAGCCAGCUCCCAGGCAGACCAAAGUCCCCUUUGUCCAAGAUGACCCAGAGAUCUUUCCAGAUGCCUCAGCUCCCUGUGGCAGUGCCUCAGCAAGGGUUGAGGCUUCAACCAGCCAAGGCUCAGAUCGUGAGGAGCAACCAGCCCAGCUCAGCUGUUCACUCGAGCACUGUGAUGCCAAGUGGUGCUUACAGCCAAGUCACCCAUUCCAUGGCCAGCAAAUACCAAUCAGCCUCGGGGGAAAUGGGAGUCAGCCAGAGCAGGUUGGUUUACCAGGGCUCAAUUGGGGGCAUUGUGGGUGACAGCAGGCCUGUGCAGCACGUGCAGGCGAGCCUCAGCGCCGGAGCCAUCUGCCAGCACGGAGGCUUGGCUAAAGAAGACCUUCCUCAGAGACCAUCCUCAGCAUACAGGGGAGGGAUGAGGUACAGCCAGACACCUCAGAUUGGGAGAAGCCAAUCCGCUUCCUACUACCCAGUGUGUCACUCCAAGCUGGACCUGGAACGUUCUCCCCUCCCCACCUCUCAGCUGGGUUCCCCAGACGUGUCUCAUCUCAUCAGAAGACCCAUCACGGUGAACGCCAGCGAAAUCAAACCUCACCCGCCAACUCCAAGGCCGCUGCUCCACUCCCAGAGUGUUGGCCUCCGCUUCUCUCCUUCCAGCAACAGCAUCUCCUCCACCUCCAACCUGACUCCCAACUUCCGCCCUUCCUCUUCCAUCCAGCAGAUGGAGAUCCCCCUCAAACCAGCUUAUGACAGGUCAUGCGACGAACUCUCGCCGGUGUCCCCUACUCAAGGGGGUUACCCCAGCGAACCAGCUCGUUCCAGGACCACCCCAUUCAUGGGGAUUAUAGACAAAACAGCUCGGACUCAACAGUACCCACACCUCCAUCAACAGAGCAGGACCUGGGCCGUGUCAUCAGUGGACAGCAUCAUCAGCCCGACAUCUCCCGGUAACCUCCCUCAACCUGAAUCGUUUAGCCCACCUUCUUCAAUCAGCAACAUUGCCUUUUAUAACAAAACCAACAAUGCACAGAAUGGCCACUUGCUAGAGGAAGACUAUUACAGCCCCCAUGGGAUGCUGGCUAACGGGUCUCGGGGAGAUCUCUUGGAGAGAGUCACCCAAGCCUCUUCGUAUCCAGACGUCAAGGUAGCCAGGACGCUGCCUGUGGCUCAGGCCUACCAGGACAACCUCUACAGGCAGCUCUCCAGGGACUCCAGGCAAGGGCAAACAUCCCCAAUCAAACCAAAGAGACCAUUUGUGGAGUCUAAUGUGUAAAAAGAACGCUUGUUGGAGUAAGACCCUUCCCCCCCUUUCCUCUUUCCCUCAUGUUUGCAGAACACACACAUCACUUCCAAGCUUGAUUUCCAUGUAGAUUCCUCAUGAUGAUGAUGAUGAUGAUGAUGAGUUUUGUUUCUCUUUGGUAGCUCCAUGACCAAGUUGCUCCUGGUACUUUUUGUGUGGUGGCCACACAGCCAUUGCACGUCCUUCAAGCCCUCACAUCCCCUCCCCAGCUGACCUUCAAACCCCAACAGCAGCCACUCCACUAGAGCUUGGCCAAAUCCAGAUAAGCUCCUAAGCAGGAUCAUACUUAAUACAUGGGGUGGGGUGGUCCAGAAGCAUCUCCCUCCUCAGCAGGGGAUAAACCAGCUCUUUUCUGGGGUUGUUUUUAUCAAGAGACAGUUUAAAGCAGUUUCUUUUUGAUCUUAGAGGGAUAAUUCCCAGUGGGAGGGAGCAGAGCAGGGAUCACAGGAGCCUUUUCCCCAAGUCCCCAUGCGAGCCAGGGUCAUUUUGCCUCUUUUAAACCCAAGGAGCAGAUGAUCCACAGCAGCCAAGGGCGUAUAUGCUUAAAUACUAAGCAGCUAUGCACAACCACCAUCCUACUUCACCCAGCAAUCCAAUCCCUUUGUUGUUUAAUCAUCCCAUCAAGCAGAGAGAGGUGGGAAUCACACACAGCUCUGCUGCUUUCCAGGCUACCUGCUGGGUUCCCCUGUGACCCUGGAUUUGCUCUGGGUUGAUUUUCCAAGAAGAGAUUCCAGUUGCUCCUUUGUACAAUGAGGGAAAUGGCCAGAAACCUCUCAUGGGAGCUGAGAAGCAACAGCUUCUCCCCACCAUUAACAGAGCCCUCACACACAAGCUUUGGGAGUUUAUUUGAUGGGAGAUUAUUUACCUGCAAGGAAAAACAAAAGAUCAGGCUUAGAAAAUUGAAUUGAAGGAGGAAAAAUGCCCCUUUUGUGUUUGUUUUUACUCGGUUUGAUUAGAAUGGUGCAUUUUGGUUCCUGAGACGGGAAGGGUCCUGUGCAAACCCAACCCUGCAGCUUUGAAUCCCAGUGUUCCAUCCCUCUAAGAGACCAUCUUUGGCUUUUUCAAGGGCUGUAGUUAAAAGAAAGAGACUCCUGACUGAUUUCUGCCACCUGUCUCAGGACAUUUGGUGUCUGUUUGGGUUGGUUUCUUGGUUUGGGCCUUGUUUUUUUUGAAGCCAAAUGCCAAUCACAUCAAGACAUUGCCUUUUUUUUAUAGGGUUUGCAAUGACUUCUCAGUUCUCCUCCAACAUUUUAGGGUUGGGGAAGGGUGGAGGAGCUUUCUUUACAGCCUCAUUUCUUACUUUGGGGGGGGGGGCUUUGUAAUUUGCCUUUUCACUUACUGAGGACAAAGGAUGGGAGAGGGAGAACCCCAGAGCUUGUUUCAAAGCAAAACAGUGCCUGUGUUGCCCUUGUUCAACCUCACUCAUAUCAACUCCUCAGAGGGGUUUCAGUGCAGAGCAGUUUCCAAAGGGCUAUGAGAAUAGAUUGCAAGACUUCUUGAACCAACCCAUGGGCUCCAGCCUCUGCUGACAUCAAUUUAUACUAGCUAAGGCCUUGGUCUGAGACUCUGAAGUAAAACCUGGCUUCACUGGGGCUUCUGUUGUUGGGUUUUCGCCUUGCUGGGACAUGCACACCUUGGGAUGAUGGAAGCCUGUGUCCCACAGACACCUUGAGAGCAUUCAGGAGCUGUUUCUUCUCUGGGAUUUGGGGCUUUUUAUGCUCUUUGGGGCUCUCUGGUCUUUGUCCAAGCCAGUACUUGGGUUGAGGUCGAUGUUUUCUCUCUUGAGGUGGCUCUUUGCUUUGCUCUAAGGUUUUAUGAGGUGGGGUUGGUCUGGGGGAACCCCUCACUAGGAUGAGCUGCCCGUGGCCUUGGGGACACUCAUCUCCACACACUAGUUCUCUCUUUGCUAAGGGCACAUGAUGGGUUUUUUGGUUCCUUCCUCUUUUUUGAAGCAGCAUGUUCUGCUUUGUAAUAAGCAACCAAUUCCUCCCCCAUCCACAACACUCCUGGAGCAGAAUUGGCUUCACUCCACACCCCCCCUACCCUCCAGCUUUCUGAUCAUAGACUCAUACAAUGGUAGGGGCUGGAAGGGACCUUUAGAGAUCAUCCCAGUCCAACCCCCCUGCAGAAGCAGCUCCCACCUAACCAGUGGCUUCCACCUGAUCAAUGGCUUCCUACCCUGAGUUGCUUCUUUGAAAGGCAAAACCAACCCCAUCCAGCCCCAUCCCUGUUUGAUCCAAACAGGCUGCUGCCAGAACUUGCCUGUGCUUUGCUUUCACUCUUCACUCCCUCAUGUUCCAGGUACUUCCCUUCCAAAACAUCCCCUCCCAGCACUUGUGUGUCUCACUUUGGGGGUCGAUGGAGCUGGUUUUUAAGGGACCAAAAGAGAACAGCUCCCACUUUUAACCACGAGCACUAAGCUGAGAGAAGCAGCUGAGAGGUUUAAAUAAGCAGCAGUUUGUUCACAGUGACCAUGUGUUGCCAUUUCUCACAGUGUUCUUGCACUAAUGGCUUUCCAGCUGUUCUCUCUCUGUACAUGGGUGCACUUUACUGUUUGAAUUCGGUCCUGUGCUCAGUCCCUUGGAUGUUGAAGCGUUGAGCAGUGUCUUCAGUAGGAAACAGCAAACCCAUCUCUUGUCUCUCAGUGUGUUUCUCAAGAAGAAAUGGGGGGAGGGGGAAAGAAAGGGGAAGGAACAGAGCAAUGAAUCAGAGCAUUUAUAGCACAAGAAGUGACUCCUGUAUAUAAGCACCAAGCAGAUGGAGGCAUUUCUUUAACUGCUAAAUGGUUUGCAGUGGGUUUAAAGCACUUCCCCAGCGAUUCUCUAAGGGGCAGCUGAGGCAGGAUGGCUGCUGCAGGCUGCAGGUAGGGAAGGAGCACACCAAUCCCUUGGAAAAACCCUUCACACAGUCCCCUGUGUCCUCCAAGUCGAUGUUUUUGGGCAAGAAGCAGUGAGGAGUUGGUGGCCUGCUUUUGUGAGCAUGGCUUGGUGGAGCACGAGGCUCAGGUAGCUGGUGGCACCUUGCUCUGGUAUCUUAGGCUUGGCUCUGAGCAGCCUGGAUUGUGUUGGGGGAGCAUGUGAAGAGUUUCAGGUGCUGUCCUGUCCAUGCUAUGUGUGUAAUGAUGCUGUGGGUAAUGAAGAUGUGGGGUGAUGCUGCCAGCAGUGCCCUUCCCAGCUGCAGUGGCACCUCUGGCAAGGCCCUGCCUGGCGAGCAAUCAGGAUCCUUCAGCUCAACCCACUAAAACAGGUUCCUGAGCCACUUUAGGGGGAUCAUACCAAAGCCUGAGGAUCUGCUCCUCUGCCCACAGGUGCUCUGAGCUCUGGUGAUGCAGCUGCCAAUCUGAAACGUUCUCUCUCAGCUUCGGGGGUGGGAUUCUGCCACAGCCCUCAGCAGGGAUUCACCACCAGCUUUGGCUCCCAGGUGGAGAGGAUGCUCUGUCCCAGGGGAGGGGAUACCCACCUGGCAGAGGGUUCUGCAGGGAUCCCCACAGCCACAUUGGAGAGCUUUGAAAGCAGUUGGUGCUUAGGAAAGGGGAAGGUUUCCCACAGACAGAUCCCUCAGGAUCUAUCUCCAGAGGCCAAAGUGCCGCUCGGGAGGCUGCAGGCAGGAUGGCUCCUGACAAACUCAAGUGUGCCCUUCUUCCCCCUGGCACCAGCACCCACAGUGAGGGUCCUGCCAAGCACUGAAUUUGUAGCUUUGCUCCUUUUACCCUUCUGAUUCCUUUAACCCUUUCCAUCAAGCUUGGGUGAGCGUGAACGUGUGCGUGACAAACCCAACCUGAGCCAUACUUGGAUUAGGGCUGGAACCAAGGGUGGCUGCUGAGAUUUGGAGUGAUUCAAUCCCUUGAUUCAGGGUUCCCCAGAAGAAGUUGAGCUUAAACCCCUCCCCCCUACCUCUUCAAGUGCCAGCCUUACCUAGAGAAAAGCAAGCCGGUGUGUGCCUGCUCGUCCUCCGCCUUCCUUGGCAGAGGGGGCUCCGUGGGGAGCUGCCGCCAGCUCUUUGGUCUUUUGGCUUUUAGCCUUGGGGAAAGUGGAGCUAAUUCUUGUCUCCAAAGUGAAGGGGGGGUUAUGUUUUACAAAGCCAAGGGCUUUAGGGGAAGAGCUGUUGUACCUGCUGGGAUCUCUGCCUUCAACCCCCCAUGCCCAAAGUCUGGCGGGGGCAAGUGUCGGGACACAAAGCACAACGGUUGGAAGUGAAACCCUGCCUUGGGUUUGGGGUUGUGUGGGGUUUGUUUUUUGGUUCAGCUCGUGAGGGUUUUUUUGUUUGUGUGAAUAACUGCUGGAUUUUCAUCCAAUCAAAGUCUUGUUUUCUCUAAAACCAAACACUAAAGGGCUCAAUUCCUUAGCAAAGACACAUCUGUGUCCAACUCCCGACUUACCGCAGCUGGAUCUCACCCACGACCAACAGCAGCUGAGAGCCAACAGGCACCAAAACCCACCCUUCCUGCUCAUUUCAAGGUGCUGGGGGAGUCAACAACCCCAAGGCUCAUCCAACAGGAUGGAACCCUAAGAGUUGGGAAAACACACAGAGCUGCUUUUUGGUUUGCCAACAGACUUGUUUUGGUCCCUUGCCAGGUGACACCGCUCAGUGAGUUGAGUGAUCGUGGGUGGGGGGAAGUUGAAAUGGGGCUGCCUGGCUGGGCACUGAGAAAAAACAGGCACUGGCUGCUGUGGGAAGUCCAUUUGAUCACCUAAAGACUCAUUGGGGACUCUGCCAGUGCUGACAGUGUCACUUUCCCCUCCCCUCCUCUCCUUGUCCAGCCCUUUUCUUUCCUCCUCAUCAGCGUUUUCGUCUCCCUCCCAUCUCCACACCUGAGAGGACCCCAGUUCGGUACAAACACACUCCACCACCAAGCACCACUUUGUGCUUUGUACAGUUGCCAUCCUCUGAGACACUUGGCUGGGAAGAUCUUUAAGACACUUAACAGUUUUCCUUUAGCUUUUCUAUAACUCUGAUGUAAAGGACUUUCCUCUGUACAGUAUAUUAUUCAAUGCAUGUUCCGUUUCUCUCUUUACUGAUAUUAUCCAACACCACACAGUCAUGAUAUUGGGCAGUGGGAAGAGCAGCCCCUGCCAACAGCAAGAGGCUCUUGGGCCUCAUCCAUAAAGGAAAGAAGAAAACAUAAGGGAGGUUUUUUUUCUUGUCCUUUGCUGUAUUUGCUUAAGCAGAGUUUUCUUGUCUGUACAUGUGAGCUGUGAGAUAGAUGUGAAAAGUUCAACAGAAUGCCUUCCUUUCACCUUCCCUUUUACCCUGCCCCCCCCCCCCCAAUGUAUACAGGUUGUAAUCUGUACAAUGAAAACUGUAUGUAUGAAAAGAAAAGAAA